AUGACGAGCCCACAGCGAGCCGCAGCCCGGGGCGGGCUGAGUCCACCGCGCCUGCGCCUCAGGCCGCGACCCCAGUACCGGGCACAGCAACCGCCGCUGUCCUGGCCGCCGUCACCGUCGCCGCGGCUAGAGCGCCCGGCUCCCUUCAGCCCGCGCGCGGGCCACGCCCACGGCCACGCCCCCGCCGCCUCGCGGCCCCGCGCCCCCGCGCCUUCCUCCCGGGCGGGCGGCUGGCGCUGCGGGGCCUCGUCGGGCUCGGGCUGCACGUCGGUGUCGCUGGCGGACAGGAGUGGCCGGCGGCCCAUGUUGCCCGCGGCCCCGCGACCCGCACCACUCUGGCCGCCCGAGGGCGUCGCGUCCUCUCGGCUUCCCCGAGGCCGGGCCGGGCCGGUUAUUCCCGCUCCCCCCACCCCGCCCCGGGGAUUGCGAAAAGAGCCCGCGGAGGGGUCGCCCACGCUGAGCGCUCGCUGGAGCUUUGGAAGCCCCGCGUGUGGAUGGAGGCGGAGGUGAAGCGUAUUAGCAAUCAGGAACGCUGGUGAGGCGCUGAGUGUCCUGGACUGUCAUCCAACCUUCUUGUUGUCUGUGGACGUGUAUCGGAGCUGGAGGACAACUUUCGAGAGUCAGGGGUCAAACUCAAGAUGUCAGACUCGGCUGUUCUCUAUGUAGUCCCAAAAGGCCUCAGGCUCUGGAUCCUCCUGUAUCUGCCUCUGAGUCCUGGGAUUACAAGCAUGUGACCCCUAGGCCCCCUCCAAAGACCCCCUUUUAAAAUGCUCUAGUUACUUGGGGGCUGGAGAGAUGGAUCAGCAGUUAAGCACACAGAGAAGCCACGAUCGAUUCCUAGCAGCACCCACUUACAUGAUGCACAGACAUAUACACACAGGCAAAACAGCACACACCGGAACAAUAGUAGUGAUAAUAGUAAAACACCCGGCAGAUGAGCCGACAAGGCUAGCUUGGUUUGCAGUUUGUGUGUUCCAGUCUUUGAUCUGAUGUGUCUAUUGCUUUGAGUCUCUGGGCCCCUAGUGUUUGUUCUAGAUGGCAAUGACUGGAGUUCAGAGUAAAUUACUCACUUCCUGGUCAAGAAACAAAGGUAGAAGGGGGUGCCUGCUAUAGUCCCCCUUGUAGUCCUUCCCCCAGUGAUUUGAGGACUUCACAUUACCCUCCCCACAAAGUUUUCACUACCUCCACAUGGUAGCUUCCCAGAACCUCAGACCAGAACUAACACAGAGGCACCAACCAUCAACAGGGAUACAACUCUCAGGAGGACGUUCUGAGAGUUCUACACAUACCUACUACCCAUGCCUACUACCUUCAGUGGACGCUCAACAUUCAUGCUAUAGCAUGCUGUAGAUAUGAAACUACUCCUGAAUUUAAUUUUGCAGUUGUGUUCUUGUAUCCAGUACAUGUAAAAAGUCAUUUAAUGCCAUUCAGCAAGCAUUCCCAGGGAGCCUCCUGUGUGUUCGACUCUGAAAUAGGAUCUAUGGAUACAUGGCUAUUACGCAGCAUUGCUAUCCCUAAUUGGGGCGUAACAAAGCUGUAUAUGUGGCAAAUGAGGAGAGGAACUAACUCUAGGCAGAAUAAGCAAGAGAAGACAUUUGUCCCAGGUUGUACUGUUGGUGUCAAACAUUAUGCUGAGGCCCCUUGUGUCAUGGGGUAACUUUUAAUUCGCUGAAAAAGAGAGUCCAGAGAAGAAGCCAAUACUGGCCCAGAUUAGCAGGGUUUUUAUGAGAAUGUCUUCUGUACAUAUGUUUAUCUUAUUGGUUGAUGAAUAAAACACUGUUGGCCAAUAGGGCAGAAAGAUAGGUGGGACUAGGAGAUGAGGAGGAUUCUGGGAAACGUAGGCAGAGUCAGUCACCA